AUGCGUAACGAUAUUUUUAAUUGCUGCGGAGUGCACAGCGACGCGGAUUACAAUGGUACAGCAUGGUGGAGGGAUGGUCAAAUUUCAGGAAGCAGGCGACAGGUUCCAAUCACGUGCUGCGUUCUCAAAAAUACCGAGGUAAAGAAUACAGGUAGUCCAAUGAGCGUUGUCUCGAGAGUAUUUCACAAAAACAACGAGAAACCAUGGCUUCAUCCACAGCCGAAGGACGAAGCCGCGUGUCAAGUGGAAGACCAAGAGGGUCACGAGGGUUAUCGACACAAGGAGGGUUGUCUCGGAAAAGUUAGCAAUUGGCUUCAGAGCGAGAGCUUCACGUUAGUUUUCCUGGGCAUGGCAAUGGCUGGUAUUCAGACCUUCGGCAUAAUCACGUCUGCGUUCCUUUGUCGAACUAUCCGAGAUAUGCAAACGGAUUAA